AUGAAGGGUGGAAAGCUGGAGGUCGCCAUGAGUGAAUACUCAGCUGCUGACAUUCCCAGAUGUGGUCCAGCAAGUCCAUUUAAAGGACACUUGAGUACGAAGAGUAAUGCUUUCUGCAUUGACUCCUCCCGAAGUCUAACUAGCCAGUACCUGAUCAGAGAUCACAUGGUGUUUCAUUACAACAAAAUCCUUUCAGCCAAAGCAGCUGUAGACUGUUCAGUGCCCAAAAGUAGGUUGACCAGCAUCAAACUUGCUGACCAGCAAAGAAGAGAGAAACUGAAAAAGAAGAUAGCCAGGUGUGAAGAGGAAAUGAGUGCGGGUAAAACUGCCUCCCGAUCCAGCUCAAGAGAGAGUAGAAGGCUGCUGCCAUCCUCUUUUGGAAAGAGUUUCUUGGACGCAGAAGACAAAGAUGGUCUCUUCCCCUGUGUUCAGCAGGCACAGUACCUAUCAAGAGCGCUGUCUCCUUAUGGCAAGCAUGGCUUGGUUCGCUCCAGUCCAGUAAAAUACGCCAGAAAAGAUUCUCAGAACGCAUCUAACGCAUCUAACUCAAAUUCAAGUGUCAGUACAUCAAGUACACCAAGAAAACGCUCUGGACUUCCGUGCAGCUCCACUAAUAGUUUUGCGAGCAUUAGUCAUUCGCAGAGGUGUCAAGGGAGCAACUCCCAAGUAUGCAGUGGGGAUCUUCUAGUCAGGCACUCUGAAUUCUUUACUGAUGGCCAAAAACCUUUUACUCCACGCACCUUAAUAUCAGAUGCUAAAUCCUUCCUGUCAGAGUACAGGUAUUACACUCCUGCUCGAAGGAAAAGGAAAAAUCACUGCAAGCAGCAUGUGGAAGCUCAAACGCAGACUGAUGUGAUCAGCUUUCCAUCUGCAGACAAAGUGUUUGAGAGAAAAGUUAUGACUGAACAGCAGAAGGUCACAUUGAAGGCUGAAGAUGGACGAUAUACUGUGGAUAAGCCUGAGAGAGGAAUAGCUGCUUUUCCAUGCUCCUUCCUAAGAGAGACAUCGCUGUAUUCUCAGCAGUCUUCAGCAAGGAGGACUAUCAAGGCUGAGGAAGAAGAGCUUUUAUAUUUAGCUUUCAUUGAAGAUAUAACAAAUGAAAUUCUUAGCCUUGGGCUAUUUUCUAACAGAGUUCUGGAACAACUGUUUGAGUGUCAUAUACAAGAAAAUAAGAACCGUUUGGAUGAGAGCAAAAUGCGCUACUUGUUGGAUGUACUGAAAGCAGACCUUGGCUGCAGCCCGGGCAGUGGUGCAGAGCAAAUCCAUGCAGGCUGGGAAGCCUUUGAGUCAAUGGCUCUGCAAGAGUUUGAUACAAUGGAAGAGCUCGAGUUUACCAGUAAAAGUCGGAGUCAGAGAAAAGCUACAAAAAGUGAAGUCUUUGGGACCACAGACUUAUCAUUAAAGGAUCCAAACAAAUGUGAAUCACCGUUAUGCAGGGAAAGUUCAAAGGAGACACCGAGCAAGGAUGACUUUUCAGAAGAUGUCGCUGAAAUGAUGGAUGCUGGGACAGAGUCUCAUUCUUGUGUGAAAGCCGAAGAUGACCCAGAGACUUCACCCUCAUGUGAGGCAACUUUAAACUUGAUUACUUGUGACAGUGAUUUGGAAGCUACCAAGGAACUUGAUGACCUCGAGGAAAGCUUUGCAGAGGCCCUUCAGCUCUCACAUGACUAUUCAUAA